AUGCUUUCUAUUUGACGCAAGGGUAUCGGUUUCAAGUCUGUCUUCUCUGUGACCGACGGGCCUGAAGUCCACUCUGCCGGUUUCCACGUGCGCUUCCAAAGACCCCACACGAGUGCUGAAAAGGACCAACAGCAGCUGGGUUCCAUUCUAGUACCCGAGUGGAUAAAUCCCCUCUUUGCUCAGACUCCGGUUCCUCGUAUCGCUUCUGCUGACGGCGGCAGCGGCGGCAUUAACCUAUCUCCGUCUUCUCUGGAACCGGCGGGCACCUGGAAGACCGUCUUCAGACUGCCCCUCUCGGGCAGUCGACCCUCUUCCACUGCCACAGGAGUUUGCGAAUUUGCCAGGGAACUCAUCUGUCCACACGCUUCCAUUUUUGACUACCGGCGGCUAGUCAAAACUUCAAAACGACUCUUUUCGCCAGUUGGCGAGCCCUCCUCCUACCUGGAAGUCGUGACAAUCGAGGAGACUUGUCUGGCGUCCCCCAACUCCGAGGUCCUCCCGCCCAUCCCAACGGUGACAAAUAAGCACCAAUGGCUUGUAUUCACCCGUAAAUUUCGGGUCGAUCCCGAUCAACUCCGUCGCCUGGGUUGUCACAGCAAGGUAACACUGAAGCACACAAGCAUCUCAAUUGGAAUCAAUCUGAGCGACACAUCCCCACCAACGGAGUAUCCUGUUUACGCCUUUCUUCCCGUCCGAAGUGCUGGUUUUUCCUUCCUGCUGAAUGCCGACUUCGAUCUUACGUCGUCUCGAGAGGACGUUGAUGGUACCAGUGUGUGGAAUCGUUGGCUUGUAGGCCAGUUACCCACUGUCUUUGAGAAUCUCCUCCAGGCCAUUGCUGAGGUGAGUUUUGCUUACAUUUUCCCUGAUGUUCAUCUUUAA